AUGUUCGGCCCCGCGCCGGGCGCGAGGCCCGGGCCGGCGCUGAGGGACGCGCGGGCCGAGGAGGUGGAGAGGCGCCUGUCGUGGCUGAAGCAGAUGGAGCACGACCCGUCCGAGGUGCUGGCGGACAAGCCGUCGGAGACGGUGGACUCGACCGCGAGCAUCGACGAGGCGGCAAGGCGCUGCGCGGCGGACCCGAAGUGCGUGGCCGUCUGCCGCAGCACCGGCGCCCCCCCGCCGCAGCCGCAGGGCGAGCACCUGGCGGAGGAGGCGGACCUCGGAGCCGGCACGGCAGGCGACCCGCAUGCCGCGCCGUGGCACGGCGACGGGUCCGCGGGGCACGCCGUGAGCGGCAGCGAGACGAGGUUCUACCACGCCCCGCUGGAGAGAGGCUUCGAGGAGGACGGCGCCGGCGGCGCCUGGCAGUGCCUCGCCGUGCGCGGGGAGGAGCCGGGCGCGGCGGCGCUGGGCCCCGCCAUGCGAGGGUGCUUCCAGAGCCUCUCGGGUGAGAGCCACGGCUUGUGGAACUCGAGCAAGAUAUUGAGGAACGUGGUGCGGGUGCCCGGGGAGGGGGACCUGAAGCUGAUGCUCCCGCUCAAGUCCGAGUCGAAGGGCAGUCGCAUGCCCGCCGCGGUGUCGCCGCCACAGAAGGAGCACGCGAAGGACAUGGUGCUCGGAGGGCGCGUGAUGUUCGCCCAGGACGCCGAGGAAGCAAAGGUGAAAUGUGCGGAGGACAACAAGUGCGGGGCCUUCUGCUUCCACGAGCAGUCGCGCAAGCUGCUGCUGUAUGGGAACCUGGCGAAGGCGCAGCGCCACUUCGGCAAGGGCCGGCAGGCCUGGCAGCACCUGCUGGAGCCCGCCGCGCGCUUCUGGCUGCGGGCCUCCGCGCACGGGCCGCCGCCGCAGCCUCCGCGGGAGCUCGCCUACGAGCUGCUCGGCCAGGGUGCGUGCCUGGGGCCGGGGGGGAAUGCGACCUCGUCCUACUAUGCGAAGCACCGGCCAUCCAAGGACUCCUGCGAGGCCUUGUGCAGCAAGCACUCGGAGUGCCUGGGCUACUCGUGGAAUCCGACCGAGGGCUUGUGCACCCUCAACGUAUCCAGGCAGAUGACGUCCCCCGAGGGGAUCAAAGACUUCAGCUGGUUCGGCGCGGCGAACGACGACGGCACGGGCGCCGCCACAGACGUGGGCAAAGCCGACGGCACGGAGGGGUUCGAGUGCUUCAAGAAAGGCUACAAGGCACCUUCGAAGCAGGCGGAGGAGGGGGCGCACGCGGCGGCCAAAGCCAAGGACGCCGCGGAUCAGGCCGCCGCGCACGACCUCGGCGACGGCUGGGCGUGCUUCGUGUCGCCCCCCGCCUGCAGGGCGCAGGCCUCGCGGGCGGCCCUCGCGGGGAGGACGGGGCUUCGCGCGCAGAGGGCUGCGGAGGCGAAGGACUACCAGGUGCUGGCGGCGGCCCUGCACAGGCAGCCCGUGCAGCCCGAGCAGCCCUGGGGCUCGGCGCUCGGGGUGGACUUCUGGGGCCAGGCGGGCUGCCCCGUGGGCGCGCGGGCGCAGGACGGCGGCUCGCCGCCCAUCCCGAGGCCUCAGCAGCCAGCUCCCCGCGGCGCGCCACGUGCCCUCCCUGCCCAUGUCGGGCUGCUCCCACGCCCGCUGGGUGAAGCAGGGCCGUGGGCGCUGGCUCCACUGCUGCAACCUGCGCUGGUCCUCCGCGGAGACCGAGGUCGAGGGCGAGAAGUCGUUGGGCGCCUUCACGUGUGCCAGGUACCAGGAGGUCCCGAAGGAGGAACAAGAGGAGCGGUGCACAUGCUGGAGUCCAACGGCAAAGUGCCUGGCAGAGGUGCCCGGGGGGAAGACCACCUGCGUGGACAUGGGGGAGCCUGGUGCCUCCAACGGCGUCUUCGAG